GACUUUUCAUCUACCAUGGCAUCAAGGCUCGUCCCAGCAGUGGCUGCCAAAGAGAGAGAACCUCCGUGCAGGGAGAAACACGCGGUUCUACUUAGCCCCGUGGGAAAACUCCAGAUAUCUGGGUGUGAAACAGGCUUACACGAAAUAAAACUUCCAAAAAUGAGCGUGCUGCCAAGUGGGGCAGAGUCCUUGGCCGCGUGCGAGGUGUGCGAAGGCGCGGAGGAGAUGACGGAGCCGCUGAAGCAGUGCACGGCCUGGCUGCACGCCUACUUCUGCGAGCCGGCGAGGACGGCGAGCCUUCCCGUGCCAGCCUUCCACCACCCGCUGCUCCAGCGAGAUUCCUUCACCAGACAAGUGCUGUGGACCCUGCUGAGGGACGUGAAGUUUGGAGAGGCCGUCUCCUACAAGCAAUUAGCAGAGCUUGCAGGCAACAGCAGAGCAGCGAGAGCGGUGGGAGGAGCGAUGAGGAGCAACCCUAUCCCGAUUAUAAUACCGUGCCACAGGGUGAUUUGCAGCAGCGGGCAGACCGGCAACUACGGAGGAGGAAACCUUAUGAAAGAGUGGCUCUUGUCGCACGAGAAGCUCCAGAAAGAGAAGUUAGCAUAUUGAUGCAGCUCAGCCACGGCUGCUAACCAGCCAAGACGUACAACCGCGGGUACUUGGCUUAUAACAAGCUCUCAGAGCACCCGGCAGAAUUCAGAAAAAUGGUAAAUAUUUGAGUGACAUAUAAAUAUAAUGCAACAUCCGAAGUGAAAUGUGUGGUGGCACCGCUAUAUUAAAAAAGCAGGAUGCGUCCUGAGGGAUGCAGCUCGUCUGCCCUUUCUUGGUUUUACAUUUUACAGCAGAAUGAGUACAGCGGUCCGGGCCUGUUGUGCGUGGAUUUUGUUCCCAUC